AUCUGCGCACAGCACAUGUGCUCUCAACUCCUUUUAAGCAUAGAGUACCUGGUGAUCAAACAAAAACUAUAUUGCCAAAAGUAUUGGGACAGCCCUCCAAAUCAUUGGAUUCAGGUGUUCCAAUCACCUCCAUGGCCACAGGUGUAUAAAAUCAAGCACCUAGGCAUGCAGACUGCAUCUACAAAACAUUUGAGAAAGAAUGGGUUGCUCUCAGGAGCUCAGUGAAUUCAAGCAUAGUACCGUGAUAGGUUGCCACCUGUGUAAUAAGUCCAUCCGUGAAAUUUCAUUGCUACUAAAUAUUCCACAGUCAACUGUUAGUAGUAUUAAAACAAAGUGGAAGCAACUGAGAACAACAGCAACUCAGCCAUGAAAUGGUAGGCCAUGUAAAAUGACAGAGCAGGGGUCAGCGCAUGCUGAAGCACACAGUGCGCAGAAGUUGCCAACUGUCUGCA